UGUUUGAUGAGAAGAUAAAGUAGCUUGUCUUCUCGCAGUUUAUUUAGUGCUUCUUCUCGAUCGUGUUGAGUUUCUUUUAGCUACAAAGAUUUCGGCAGUGUUAACACAAAAUAGAGUAUAUAUCCAUGGUUGGCAGCUUUUCCCCCACUAUGGUAUCUUAAGCGCUUUUUAAGCGUGCAACCAACCAUUUUAUUUGAAAGCAAUGAGUUUUUACGUCUCCUGUUUGUUUUUUAUAUAUUCCGAGUCAUCAUUUGCAUAGCUUCUCCAAACUUGGAGGAAAAAAACAUCUGGUAAAAAACAUCUGGGAUUCUGUGCACAAAAGUUAUAUUUCUUUCGAUAUGUAUUUUUUAUUGGUGUUGAUCACGAUGGUGGUUAACCUUGCUUUACAUAAUGGCGCGUUCGCAAUGGGGGUGAAAAACUUAGAAAACAAUGACCGUCCGCUUGUCAAGGAUUGCAGCAUAUUGAAUCCCUGUUCUUGCCAUUCAUCAGACCUGGGAGUGAUUGACCUCAAGCCACUUGCCAACACUGACGGUACUCCAAGAUUUGAAGGUGUUCUCCCAACUUCUAACACCCAACGAUAUUUUUGGAAUCCAUGUGUUCCGUUCACUACUGGAGAUUGUCACAAUGUGGCAGCCUGCCAGAAGGUGACGUUCACUAGCUCAAUCUUCUAUAGUCUGGGUAAUCAGGCGUCUGCCAAGUUUUCUGUGACAGAGGAAGGGCUCGUCUUGUCUUACACAGCCGACACAUUAGACCCAGCUGGGACAGACUUUGUCAGAACUGCAUACAUCAAACUGAUAUGCGACCUAUCCGAAGACCCAGGAGAGUUUAUUGUCAUCGGUGAAGACCAGACCAGAUUCGGGCACUACGUGCUCGCUCCUCAUUGUUUUCUACGUGAGCAUCGGAGUUGCCGUUCAGAUAUUUGUCCUGAAAAAGUCUGGAAAGGACGCAAUUCCAAACAAAGUUUUCUGGGUGGAAUUGCCUGGACUCCUGAAG